AUGGAAGACAUCGUACAAUUAUUAAAAAAGAUACAAGAAGACAUUAACGAAACAAAAGAUAGUAUCAAAAUCAGCGAAAUAAAUUUACUCAACAAAAUCGACGAAAAAUUUGACGACAUCCAAAGUAAACUACAAAAUCUAGAGGUCACAGUUAGUUCACAAGAACAACGACUAGACCUUCUCGAAAAACAAGCCAGGGAGAGAAAUAUCGUUAUUUUUGGUGUCGAGGAAAAAGAACAGAAUUACGAAGAUUUACAUAAUAAUAUUCUCAAGAUAUUCAGUGAUAUUAUGAAGAUAGAUUGUACUAGUUUUGAAAUACAAGAAAAAGAGAGAAGUGAAAACACAAAACGAGGAAAUAAACGCAAUCUCUCUGAAACUCCUCCCGACAAGCAUGGUAAAAAUACAAGGAAACCCAAAAAGACGACUCAACCUCAUAAAAACAACAACCUGACAUCUUACUGGACCAACAAAGACAUCCCAAAUGCAUGA